GAUUGGCUGGGGGUUUCCACAAAGGAAUCACCGAUAUUUGAGAAUUGAUGAUUGGAAAGCCAGGAUUUGGUUUCUUAUUCUCAUCAGAAUCAACGAGAUGUUCGAAGAUUUCUCAGAUGAAUUUCAAGAUCUCUCGGAAGGUGAGAUCGAGGAAAAGGACAAGGAAUGCAUUAAGAUACUGUCUGGUGAAGAUAUCUUAAGUGAGAAUGCUGAGGAAGAUAACCAGAUUGGAUAUAAGGAAGCUAAAGGCCCAGUUACGCUGGAAAUGGACAAAGAGCAGGGGGCUAGGAUGAUGCUGUUUAAGAGCCAGAAUGUAGCAAGUGGAACCAUGAAGAAGAGAAUGGUACAAGGGCUAGUAUCUCCUCGCAAACGUCCUUCGGCUAAAGCGGGUAUCCGACAAGGUGAUGGUUUUAAAAAGGUAGAAGAGACGGUCCCUCAAACCCUUUACCGAGCUCAUCAAAACCCUGAUUUUAUGGAUCGAUCCUUUGAAGAAGAGAAGCUAUGGUGGCAGAUACUGAGAGAGCAGAUGUCCAGAGGCUAUUACCGUUGGUUUCGAUCGGUCUGUUUGGUCAUCAGAAGAUACAUGGAAAAGCUGAAAUACUGGUCUUCAGUGGAGGAAAAUAUUUUGCUCUUGGCCUCAUUAAGCCACAAGUGAAGUCAAACCUUGUUCCUAUAUUGGAAUAACAAAAAUGUAAGGUGUUCGAAUGGUUAAUGGGAGUUUAAUUGUGGUGUCUCAUUGGUCACAAUUAAUUACCAAAGGAAAGACAGAGAGUGUCGAGGAUAUGGGGUGAAUAAUCAGACUCAGGGGUACGUGAGACUCACGUCAAAAUUAAUGAUGGUUUAUAAAUGUUUUGGACACUUAUGGUUUCUUCGUAUCCAGCUGUAUUGCUCAACAGAGCUAAUCAGUAUAAAUUUGAGGCGGCUUCUCUGCUGGAAUAAUAGAUGUAUGGGUCGUAAAUGGACGAUAAUUUAUCUUAGGGAGAUCUGGUGGAGGGAGAGAUAUUGGUCUUUGGAUGGUUCUCAGGUUUCUUGGAAUUUAAAAACGGAUUACGGAAGGGGUUUGCAGAUGUGGUCUUUGGUCUCAUCAAACCGAGACAGCCACAUUGCUCAUUAGUUGCAUUUGUAUAUGGAGUUCAUAAGCGGGUAAUUGGACAUAGAACACUUUUUGGACUUGGAUAUGGAGCUCAAAAGCGUGUACUUGGACAUAUGGUUUUGUUAUGGAUAGAAUACUUUUAUAAAGAACUUAUUAUGGGAUUUAUUAGAUCAUGGCCUUAUGUUUUAGAGUUUACCAGAUG